AUGUUCAGCCAGCACGGCAAAGUGGCCUAUACUAAGGUCAUCCGUGAUUUCCGUAGCGGGCGCUCGAAGGGAUUCGGUUUCGUAGAGAUGUCCUCGCGGGGGGAAAUGGACAACGCCAUCGCAGCCCUCCAUGGACAGAGCUUGGAGGGGCGUGCCAUACGAGUGAGUGCCAUGGAGGUGCCAGGCAUGGCCGUAAGCAAGGCGGCUCCAGGGGUAGAAAGUCCUCCUCCCCGUCAUGUUGUUGGGCCUUCGUUCCGGUUGCACGUGAACAACCUGUCGUUGAACGUGGACGACUCCAGGCUUGCUCAGAUGUUCAGCCAGCACGGCAAAGUGACCUAUGCUAAGGUUAUUUGUGAUAUCCAUAGCGAGCACUCGAAGGGAUUCGGUUUUGUAGAGAUGGCAUCGCAGGAGGAUAUGGACAAUGCCAUCACAGCUCUCCACGGACAGGUUCGUUGGUAG